AUGCCCACAGUCGGCGGGGUGGACGUUCCCAAGUGGUGCGUGGCGGCAGGGCUCACGGUGAUCACACCAGCUGCAGCUUACGCUUACAUCCUACGGACAAGCCGCCAACGCCGGGAGUUCUUCGCAUGCACGCCGCAGCCUAAGGAGGCUUCUGUGAUCUUUGCAGGUUUGCCCAUGGUCGCCAAGAAGAACCAUCCCGAGAAAGCGGUGCAGACCGUCAAGGAACUCUUUGCGGAGUUGGGGCUAACUUCUGGCCUCCGUUUGCCCCAUUGGCUGUUUGCUCGGGAGUUUUCCCUGACCACGGCUGAUCCGGCAAUCAUUGCAGAGAUUCAGUCCAAGAAGGACAUCUUCCACUCGAGGCCCAGCAAAAUACUCUUUGACACCACGAUUCCGCUGGGCCUGCUAGCCUUGAGAUCCGAGGGGCCACACUCUCAGUGGUCUUUCCACCGGCGCUUGGUGGCACCUCUCUUCAGCGACAAGUUUUUGCAAGGAUACUCCGAGCAGAUCCAAGACAAAGCUAACUUGCUGCAGUAUAUUCUGGAGGAGAGGAUCAAAGCCGCGACAAGUGUGGAGGCGGAGUGUGACGUUCAGCAUUGCUUGAAGCUUGCAACCCUGGAUGUCAUCGGCAGCAUUGGCUUCGGCUUCGAUUCUAACUCCAUGAUGACAUACUUGCCCGAAGGUCAUCCGAAAGCCUUGAGCAAGUCAGAGACGGCCAACGAGCUAAAGUUUUUCGAGGCUUCGGAGGCGUACUUGAUGGAGACGCAGAAACGAUCCGGUGAGCCCACGUUCGUGAGGUACUUGCCUCAACGCUACAUGCGCUGGCGGCAGGUAAAGAGGUUCAUUGCCAGACGGAUCAAUGACGUAUUGAGCUCCGGAAACACGUCCAGGUUGAACAUGCUGAAGGCUCUUCAGGAUGCGCACGAAGGCGACAGAAAGAUGAGCAGGGCGGAGCUAACAGACGAAAUUCUUACUCUCCUUCUAGCAGGUCACGAGACGACGGGAUACACCACGUCCUGGGCACUGUACGAGGUUGCUCGACAUCCAGACGUGCAAGACAAGAUUCUUGCUGAAACCUCUGCCGUGGACCUCGACACUCUUCCGAUGACAUCUGUCGAGAAAUCGCUGCCUUACACAUGGAUGGCAUGGCAAGAGGCCUUACGCUUGCAUCCCACCCUCACCUCACUCUUUCGGCAGGCGGAGGUCGAUACCACCUUGGGAGGCAAGUACAACAUGCCGAAAGGCAGCGUUGUGCAGGUGUCUCAGUUGGGCCUUGCGCACAGUGAAGAUAUCUGGGGCCCGGAUGUCAUGAGUUUCUCUCCUGAAAGAAUGGCGAAGGGCUACCCAGAAAUGCACUUUUCCUUUGGCUUCGGUGGAAGGGUUUGCAUCGGCAAAAGGCUUGCCUAUGUGGAGGGUGUCUACUUCCUUGCGUUCUUGGUAAAGAACUUCAGGCUGAGAGUGGAAGAAGGUUCCCCGGCUCCCACAUCGAGGUUGACGAUUACUCACCACGCCAAGGAAGGAAUCCGACUUCUGAUGUCCAAGGGUAGACCGUAG